CCAGCUCUGUCACUCUGGUCCCUCCCAUUCUUGCAGCCCUCCAGUGUUGCUGGCCUGAGAUGGGAGCGCACACACAGCGGCACCAUCACGGCCGAAGAAACGGGCUAAACCUGGAAAAGAACAGGGGAAAAAACAACGAUACCUCAUAGGUACCGUGGAAAAACAAUGGGAAAACGAAACAGAUUCAUAAACCAGAUCACACCGCUUGAUCCCGUCCUCUGAGAAACUCAGAUGUUGUCGUCGCUUGUGUUUUGCGCUUUUUAUCCUUUCUCCUUGAGCGCUGCUGGUACAAAGGCGCUUGGUGUGAAGCAGCAGCAGCACCUGGAAUUACUGCCGUAUGAAUGGGUGAGAGUGAACGGAUCUGCUAUCACGGACAAACCCGGAAUGGCAAACACAGACAGUGAGUAAACCUAGCAGGAUUAAAAUACUUUCUUCUUUUUUUCGCUCUCCCUGGGAGCCAGAUCCCCGUGUCACCCCGCGAGGACAGAUGCUGUCAUUGUGUCGAGGCUGAGAUUUAACACACAAAAAAAAAAUCUUCUGAAAGUGUCCUUUUCUGGAAUAAUGCAUGAGAAAGACGGGCGCUUUUGCAGCUUGCUGUUCCUUUUUAUGCCCCUCACAUUCCCAGCUAUUCCUCUGGCUGAACAGCCGGUUUCUCUUCUUCAGAAUGGGAUGUAUUGUUGCAUCUGCGCAGCCCACGACAAGUGUCAGCAAGUAGACUGUGCGUUUUUGAACGGGUUACCUAAAGGCCUGUUUUAAACACUGUCACUGUAAAGUGGCCAUUGUUGUCGAUAAGGACUCUGUGGCGAACUGGACUAAAAAAGGACAAACGGUGCGCCCUUGGCUUCAUUCACCCAGUGUGUGUGAGCCAGGGUCGGUCCCAGAAAUAAAUUAGGCACAAUAUGGUGGAGCCGGUGGGAUUCACUGAGGCGUGGAAAGCGCAAUUCCCGGAGUCCGACCCCCCUAAAAUGGAGCUGCGAUCUGUCGGCGGCAUCGAGCAUGAGCUGGAGAGGUGCAAAGCGUCCAUCAGGCGCCUGGAGCAGGAGGUGAACAAGGAGCGCUUCCGCAUGAUCUACCUGCAGACCCUCCUGGCCAAGGAGAGGAAGAGCUAUGACAAGCAGCGGUGGGGCUUCAGGAAGACACCGCUGAGUGAGGGGAUGGACCCUGCAGCCACACAGGGAGCCGAGUGUCAGUCCCAGCAGCCACACAUGCAGGAGACUGGUGGAGUUGGGGUAGGAGUUGUUGGUGGAGGGUAUGGUGGUGGUAGUAUCGAUAGGAUCCGUUAUCAGCCUCUUGGAGAAGGAGCUGUAAGGUCCAAACCCAGGCCUCCGCCAGCCAGGAAGUCGGCCUCCCACGGAGACGGCCUGGAGUCAGCCUUUGAGGUACCCCAGCAGGCUGAGUCGACGUCUUGUGACAACCUAGAUGGCCUCUCGCCGUCCAAGCAGAGAGGCAUCUCUGUCUCUCCCCGCAGGGUCAACCUUCCGCCCCCAGACAAGGACAUGCCCUCCGACCCCAAGGACAAGCUGGGGAUGGGACUUGGGGUGGCAGCUCUGAGGUCCAACUUUGAGAGGAUCAAACGGGCCAACUCUCACACUGCGGGGGAUGUAGCGAAGGGCCAGGAGAAGCAGCAGCAGCUGCCGCCGCCACCACCGCCAUUUUAUUCUAACAUGGAAUUCCACCACGAGAGGGGUCUGAUCAGAGUCAACGACCGUGACGUCUCCGACAAGAUCAGCUCCUUGGGCAGCCAGGCCAUGCAGAUGGAGCGAAAGAGAUCUCUUCACUCCCUCCCAGGUAACCUGGCAACGGUGGCAGGGGAGCUCCGCGCAAGGCCUGUGUACAGAGGCCGGUCCACUGAGAGCACCUGCGGCUAUGAUGCAGAAUAUGAAGAUGGGGAACCCAACCAGCGACAUUCAGGGAGGGCCAACGGUGGCAAACCUCCGCCUCCUCCUUGGCAGCCCUCAGAGUUCCAGGCCUACUCCAGUGUCUAUGUUGGCGGGGUGAUGAUGGGUGAAGGUGGCGUUGGAGAUGGGAGAGGCGGUGGUGGAAGUGGUAGUGGAGUCACAAUGAGAGACCUUGGCGGAGGUGAUGACCAUCUCCUGACCUGGCCACGGCGUUCCUACUCACCUGGGAGCUUCGAGGAUGUCGGCGGAGGAGGCGGCUACACGCCGGACUGCAGCUCCAAUGAGAACCUGACGUCCAGCGAGGAGGACUUCUCCUCAGGUCAGUCCAGUCACGUCUCUCCCAGUCCCACCACGGCCUUCCGCCGGCCCUUUAGAGAGAAGAGCCGCUCGCCGUCCCAAAACUCCCAGAACUCCCAGCACUCGUUUGACAGCAGCAGCCCUCCGACACCACAGUCCCAGAAGCGACACCAGCGGCAGCAGGGAGGCCACGUGGUCAUGUCUGAAGCCACUAUUGUGAGCGUUCGCAAGACCGGUCAAAUAUGGCCACCUGCUGCCCAUCAUGACCUCGUGCCCCAUGGUAGAACAUCCCAUGACAACAGUUUCCAUGGAGACCACCUAGAGGGUCAUUUCACCGGGACCCCUCCCACAUACGGUUAUGAUGCAGACCGCGCAGAGGAGCAGCGGAGGCACCACGACAUCCUGCCGUACAUCGAUGACUCGCCGUCAUCUUCACCGCACCUCAGCUCCAAGAGCCGCAGCAGUCGGGACACCCUCUCCUCCGGAUCGUUAGAAUCCUCCAAGUCGACUGAAUGUGACCUGGAAAAAGGUUUGGAGAUGAGGAAGUGGGUCCUCUCUGGGAUCUUGGCCACCGAGGAAACAUACCUGAGUCACCUGGAGGCACUGCUGCUGCCUAUGAAGCCUCUAAAGGCCGCAGCUACGACGUCGCAGCCUGUGCUCACUGUGGCCCAGAUAGAAACCAUCUUCUUCAAAGUGCCUGAGCUCUACGAGAUCCACAGGGAGUUCUACGACGGACUUUUGCCCCGCGUCCAGCAGUGGAGCCACCACCAGAGAGUCGGGGACCUCUUCCAGAAAUUGGCCAGCCAGCUCGGAGUUUACAGAGCAUUUGUGGACAACUACGAGCUGGCUGUGGAGACGGCGGAGAAGUGCUGCCAGGCCAACACGCAGUUUGCUGAAAUCUCUGAGAACCUGAAGGUGAGGAGCCCAAAGGACUCUAAGGACCAGACGGCCAAGAACUCUCUAGAAGCGUUGCUAUACAAACCAGUGGACAGAGUGACUCGCAGCACAUUGGUUCUUCAUGACUUGCUCAAACACACGCCCACCAGCCACCCGGAUCACCCGCUUCUGCAGGACGCCUUGCGGAUCUCCCAGAACUUCCUGUCCAGCAUCAACGAGGAGACGACGCCCCGACGCCAGUCUAUGACUGUCAAGAAGGGAGAGAACCGGCAGCUUCUGAGGGACAGUUUCAUGGUGGAGUUGGUGGAGGGAGCCAGGAAGCUGCGGCACGUCUUCCUCUUCACUGAUCUGCUGCUCUGCGCCAAGCUAAAGAAACAGAUCGGAGGUAAAAACCAACAGUAUGACAGUAAGUGGUACAUCCCCCUGACUGAGCUGACCUUCCAGGGCCCCGAGGAAACCGAGCCACUUACCAUCCCACAGGUCCCCGAUGAAGAGCUCGACGCCAUGAAGGUCAAGAUCUCACACCUCCGCAGUGAGAUUCAGAGAGAGAAGAGAGCCAACAAGGGUUCAAAGGUCAUCGACCGUCUCAGGAAGAAGCUGUCUGAACAGGAGUCUCUGCUCCUGUUAACGUCUCCGAGCAUGCCCAUCAGAGUCUACAACAAGAAUGGCAAGAGUUACAGUUUCCUGAUUUCGUCAGACUAUGAACGUGCAGAGUGGAGGGAGCUAAUGAAGGAACAGCAGAAGAAAUGUUUGAAAACUUCCUCCUUGACUUCCAUGGAGCUGCAAAUGUUGACCAACUCCUGUGUCAAACUGCAAACUGUCCACCACAUUCCACUUAGCAUCAAUAAAGAAGAGGAUGAAUCCCCCGGUCUCCACGGGUUCCUGAAUGUAAUCGUCCACUCUGCCUCCGGCCUCAAACAGAGCUUGAAUCUCUACUGCACAUUGGAGGUGGAUUCCUUUGGCUUCUUUUCAAGUAAAGCCAAGACGAGAGUGUAUCGAUACACCACUGAACCCAAAUGGAACGAGGAGUUUGAGAUUGAGCUGGAGGGCUCUCAGACCCUGAGGCUGCUCUGCUACGAGAAGUGUUAUAACAAGACCAAGCAGAACAAAGAGGAUGGAGAGAGCACAGACCGCAUCAUGGGGAAAGGACAGAUCCCGCUUGACCCUCCAUCUCUCCAAGGCAAAGACUGGCAGAGAACAGUUAUUCCCAUGAACGGAAUUGAGGUUAAACUUUCCAUCAAGUUCACCACCCGAGAGUUCAGCCUGAAGAGGAUGCCCUCACGGAAACCAAUGGGCGUGUUUGGAGUCAAAAUCUCCACAGUGACCAAGCGAGAGCGCUCCAAGGUGCCCUACAUUGUCCGGCAGUGCCUAGAGGAGAUUGAAAGGAGGGGUAUGGAGGAGGUGGGCAUCUACCGAGUAUCAGGAGUGGCUACUGACAUUCAGGCCUUGAAGACCGCCUUUGACACCAAUCAUAAAGACGUGUCGGUGAUGAUGAGUGAGAUGGACGUCAAUGCCAUCGCUGGCACCUUGAAGCUGUACUUCAGAGAGCUGCCAGAACCACUCUUCACUGAUGAGCUCUACCCAAAUUUUGCAGGCGGCAUCACCCUGUCUGAUAGCGUCGCCAAAGAGAGCUGUAUGUUGAAUCUACUGCUGUCGCUGCCAGAACCCAACCUGGUCACAUUCCUUUUCCUAUUGGAUCACAUGAAGAGGGUGGCAGAUAAGGAAAGCAUCAACAAGAUGUCUCUCCACAACCUGGCGACGGUGUUCGGGCCGACCUUGCUAAGGCCUUCCGAGAAGGACAGCAAGAUCCCCGCUAACCCCACCCAACCCAUCAGUAUGGGGGACAGCUGGUCCCUGGAAGUCAUGGCGCAGGUCCAGGUGUUGCUGUAUUUCCUCCAGCUGGAGACGAUCCCCACCCCAGACAGUAAACGACAGAGCAUCCUCUUCUCCACUGAAGUAUAGAGCUCACAUUGACUCUGCCGACGAGAAACUUUGACCAUGGAGGAGUGAAAUGAGACGGACCGUGGCUCAAAGUGAGCCUAUAGUAGUAUGUUUUUGGAUUGACUGACCAGACUCUUGCAGCUGGAAAAGAUAGUCUCUGGCGAUGCCUGCCCCCCUCAAACACAAGAGGGCGCCAUUGGACCUCAGAAGCUCCAAGGAUGCGAGGUCCUUGCCGUUCAUACAACAUAUUUAGUAAGAUUCCUUCAGAAAAUACAUCCGCCAUCCACAUUUCUCCAUCAUGCUAUUUGUUGGUCCCAGCAUUGAACCUUUACAGCUUUAAGACAAUUGUGGUUCAUAAAUCAAGAAGUUGUCAAAAUCAGUCCAUUAGAGAAAGAAACACGUCUGUCUUGAUUCUUGAAAUAGUUUGCCAACAAACCAGAAUUUCCUACGUACCUUUGUGUUUGGGCAUUGUUCUCUAUCUGUGUUUUUUUUAUACAAUCAUCGACUCGAGACUCCUGCAAAAUACGUCUAUCAGUCUCAAACCUUGCUUCAUGUCCUGCUGAGGAAAAUUCUAACUGUGUCUUACAUAAUCUCAGCACAUUGUUUCUGAGAAGACAAGAGGAGACUUUUGUGCUGUUUGUGGGAGAUACUGGCUUUUCUUCUUCGUGUCAGGAAGCCGCCACCUGUAUGUUUAAGUGUUUACAACGUAAACAAACCCCGGUUGGAGUCAGAGACAAAUUCUACAGCUUGAAGAGGGACUGUAAGAAAAUAAAAAAAUGAACCCGAUGGUUAGUAAUACACUGCAAUCUGACUGCCUGCGGUUUUUCACCACCAUAAAAGCAAAUGUCCUCUAUUUGUGUUGUGUGUGUCUCAAGGUAGUCUUCAGCUUGAAUAUCGAUGAAGCAAUAUAUUUUCUAACAUAGGAAGUGUCUGUGUUCAUAUCUUUGUGGACAAAAUGUCCUUCUUAUUGUAACAUAGGACAUCUUGCCAAAAUGAAUAUGUUGCUUGUUUGUUUCUAGGAGUAAAGGAAGCAGUUGUAUUUACAGAUACAGUAUGUACAUAAUCUUAAAGUUGUAUUUUUUCUUUCUUUUUGUUUAACAGUAUAAUCAUUGUUGCUAUUAUUGUAAUUUAUUUUGGGGGGGGGGGAUCGGUUUGUUUUUCUAUGUGAACUUUUCUUCUGUUUUGAUUAAGAAAGUGGUAGGUCUUAGCCUUGACUUCAAGUCUUGCGGUAAAUAAGCAGGAUUUAGCCUUGUUCUUAUAGAAACUACUCAGCUGUUCUGUCCAGCCUAUCGAUUAUUCAUUUAGAUAUUAUUAUUGAAGGUAACACACACAUUGUAGUUACAUACUGUAUGCUGCUCUGGAAAAAGGCACAAGCUCUUUAACUGCUGAGUAUUCCUUGGCAAGAAAAGGUCUCACAUCCAGAGACCGCCGCCUGUCUAGUUUAGACAUUAUGCAAUGUCAUAAUAGAGCACACACACACUCACACACAUAUGACAUUGUCUCUUUUUGUACCAUUUAAUCUUUGGCUGCAGAAGUACACUCACGCAAUGUUAGAACUACUGUAUUACAAUUCAAGUGACCUGAGCACUCUGCAUUUAUGUCCACUGAAGACCAUAUCUGUUGGUUUUAAUGAAGGAAUAUGAUUUUGUUUUAUCUUCUCCUGACACUUUUCUUUGUUUAUCUCGUGCGUAUGGCGAAAUGUCCUGAUAACUCUUUGUCCCUUUAACUGUUCUUCAUCUCCUUAAGCAUGAAGGUGUCCAACUCAAUGGCCAAUUUAAAGGCUUAUCUUAAGAUAUUUUGUUGAUUCUAAAAAUGACAUGUUUCGCAUUUUAAUUUCCAUUUCCUUGAUUUAACAUGCAGGCAUGUUUUAUUGAUUGUUUUUCUUUUUUUGCUGUCUUGUUCACAAAUGUCUCAUCAUAGACUUUGGGAUGUUGUUAACUUGUGAGUGUCUGGUUUACAUUAUUACAGCAUGUCCUUUUCGGGCCAAGGGUAAAUAUCACAGUCGGUUUCCAAUAUAUAUUUUAGGUAUAAAACUAUAACCAAUGGACCAGUUAAGUGGAUCUGAUAAGGGCUUGUGUGUGCUUGUGCCCAUAAAUGUUAUUAAUAACACAUUUCAAGUUAGACUUCGAAAAGCAAGUAGAGUCUUUCCUUUUGGAUACAUAUGAGCUCUCUAAAUGUUAAGUCACUCAUGCACAUAUUAAUAUAGACUAAAACACCAUUAUUAUAUCAACCCCAUGAACAAUCUUGAGCUUUUAUUCUGAAAGUCUUCAUGCCUUCAGUCCCACUUUUGAUGUACUUCCACAAGUUUUGGCCUACUGUAGCAUGCCCACAUUGUUUCAUCGUCUAUACGUUAGGAUGUGAGACAAUGAAUCCACCUUUCAUUCAUUCAUUCAUUGAUCCGUCACCUUUAUAAGUCCCAAUUGCCUACACUACUGUACCCUAUCGUGCCUCGACACUUUUUUGUUUUGUUUAGCGCCUGUGGUACUCUGAAACGUUGUUCAGUCUCCUGUUGCCUUUGCUGAGGACAGCCACACACCUUCCAUCUCUUAAAGACUAAGACAGGACCUUAACCUUAAGCACGGUCUUAGCUCAUACUGUACAUGCCCGCUCUACUUGCCACCUUCAUCUGACGGUGAUGCUGUAAUUCAAACUGUGCUGAAGUCAGUCUUAACAGAAUUUCUUGCCCAUGUCCUGGUUUUGGCUCUUAAAAGUUCAGCUCCUUUUAAUGCCUUUUAUACCUAUUUAUUUAAGAUUUGUCCCCGUUUGGUAUACGAAGGGUACUGGUUCUAUUUAUUUAUGAUAUAAUAUCAUCUGAAGCUAUAUUAAUGUAAGAGAAAUGGUGUGCUUUCUUUGGGGAAACGUACGUCUUAUGUAACAUCCUGUAAAACAGAUUUUCACCAUUUUGUCCCAGAAUCACAACCACUGCAAACACCUUUGAAAGCCCCCCCCCCCCUCCCCCCUUACUCCUGCAUCCUUGGCUCAGCUCUGUAGUUGGAAGUGUUGUACAGCAGACUGGCCACUGUGAGUGUUUAGCUAUCUGAUUUAGAUAACUGAGUAGCAGAUGCAGGUUCUCGUCAUUUGAAGAAAAAAAAAAAAAAGGUAGAUUCAGUGAGUUCAAACUUCUCUCAUUUCCCCGUGGAGUUGUAUAAUAUGUAUUAUACUAGAGAGUACAUUAUCUGGUUUCCGUUUUUAUUUAUUGUGGCGUCCGCUGACGUAUGAUCGUUGAGGGUUGAGCCGGUACGCCUCUAGUCUCUUCGAGAAGACAAACUGUCGGUGUGUUGUAGAGGAGAAAAGAGUCUUAUAUUGCUCUAGAAUCUGCAUUGUUUUUGGUCUGUUGAUAGUCUGUGUAACUGCAUGUACCCUCCGUAACUUCAGUCCCUCUGUACAUGAAAAAGUAAAUACAACAAAAAAGGUUUAAUUUAUCUGUGGAAUAGCCUGAAGAUAUGGAACAUAUUGCUCUGUAUGAAAGUUCUCCUUCAUUUAUUGUACAUGGUAAUUCUCAGAUUUCCAUAGUUAAUACUUUCAAAUGACCCUCUGCUGCCACUUCUACGACACCAAACUGACAUUAAAUUAGCCUACCUUAAUCUUUGGAAAUAUGUUAGUUUUGUUUUAUUCGACGCAUAACAUAAAGCCGAGGAUGAGACUUGCUGACCAACCACAAACACUUUCUCUUUGUACCUUCCUCAGUCUUUUGAACUCUUGUUCCUGUUCAAUAUUCAAUGUUCUGCUUGUAGAACUGUAAAAAGGAAAACUGUAUUCUGAGGGCAAACAUGUUUGGAAGGCAUUUGCAGCCUAUGUUUGUACACAAAAAUGUUAAAUAAAAUCUCCUUGUAUCUACAUAGAA